AUGACCAGUUGUGCCGUAGAAGGUGGCUGUCCCAGCGACUACAUAGCCCUCUCCAUCUCUCUUCUUUCCUUCAUCUUGCUUCUUGUGCGGUCGACUUCGCCAUUUCUAAUCCGCAAGGUUCCUCGUCCUAAAGGCAGUAGCUUUUGGAUCCCAGCAAUUCAAGUUUUUGCCAGCUUCAACCUUUUGUUGUCUAUUGUGAUGGCACUCAAUAUCUUGGAGUUCAGAAAAAGGUAUUGGUGGCAAUCGUGCUACAUUUGGGCAGUCUGGGUUGAAGGUCCCCUAGGAUUUGGGCUGCUAUUGAGCUGUCGCAUUGUACAGGCUUGCCAGCUAUAUUACAUAUUUGUCAAGAGGCGUCUACCAACUAUUAGAUCCUAUAUUCUUCUUCCGCUGAUUAUCUUGCCUUGGAUUGCUGGAUCUGCAUUUAUUCACAUGAAAAAGCCGCUAAACGAUCGAUGCCACAUGGGGACUCAGUGGAUCAUCCCAGUUAUUUGUCUUCACACAUUAUAUGUUGCCACUUUGGUUGGUUUUACAGGGGCCAUUCAUCACAUAGAGUUCAGAUUUCAUGAACUCAAAGAUCUCUGGCAGGGAAUAUUUGUCUCCUCUUCUUCCAUUGGAAUAUGGGUAGUUGCUUACAUAUUGAAUGAGAUCCAUGAUGAUAAUGGACGGCUUCAAGUUGUGUCCAGAUUUCUGCUAUUAGUUACGGCAAGUGUUCUUGUUUUGGCAUUCUUCUCAGUUUCAAGUUCUCAACCUCUGGUCUCGCUUAUGAGCUUAAGGAAAAAGGAACAUCAGGAUUUGGAGACGAUGGGCCGGGCUCUGGGCAUACCGGAUAGUGGGCUACUAUUACUGAGGGCACCUGAUUCAAUCAUUGAGCCUAAUGAACCUUUGGAUAAACUUCUUCUGAACAGAAGAUUCCGUCAGUCAUUUAUGGCAUUUGCAAACAGUUGCUUGGCUGGGGAGAGUGUGCAUUUUUAUGAUGAAGUGCAACAGCUUGAUAAAAUACCAUUUGAUGAUUCUGUAAGAAGAAUUUACAUGGCACGACACAUUAUUGAGAAGUACAUAGUUUCAGGUGCAGCAAUGGAAGUUAAUAUAUCUCACCGAAGCAGACAAGAAAUUUUGACUACUCUAGAUUUGGCAGGCCCUGGUCUGUUUAAAAAUGUUCUAAAUGAGGUGAUACAGUUGAUGCAAAUGAGUUUGGCAAAAGAUUACUGGUCAUCCAUGCACUACAUGAAGUUCAAAGAAGAAGCCAACAUGAGAACAGCUGGCCUUGAACUGGAACAGGGGACAGGUUGGAACUUCUCUCCCAGAUUGAGUUCUGUUCAUUGUGCAGAUGAUCCUUUUCACCAGGAGCAUAUUCCAAGUGACUCAGGCAGCCAUAGUCAUGAUGCAGAGCUGCAAUGA